UAUAGGUGAUACAAUCAUACUUAUCUAAUUAUCUUAAGUUCAACAUCUCUUCACCCUUUUCCAUAAUCUUGUGUCUCAUGGCUUCUCCUUUUUCUUCAUUCUCGUCUCGCAACUGGAGCUACAACGUCUUCUCCAGCUUCCACGGGCCUGACGUUCGUAAAACAUUUCUCAGUCACAUGCGCGAACAGUUUCAGCGAAACGGGAUCACUAUGUUUGAUGAUCAAAAGAUUGUAAGAAGUGCAACGAUCUCUCCUUCACUUACAAAAGCUAUAAACGAAUCGAGGAUUGCGAUAGUGAUUCUCUCCAAGAAAUACGCUUCAUCAAGUUGGUGUUUGGAUGAACUGGUGGAGAUACUGGAGUGCAAAAAAGCUAUAGGGCAGAUAGUGAUGACCAUCUUCUAUGGAGUGGAGCCAUCCGCUGUACGGAAACAGACUGGGGAGUUUGGGAUCGCUUUCAAUGAAACUUGUGCACGUAAGACGGAUGAGGAAAGACAGAAAUGGAGCAAAGCGUUGAGAGAUGUGGGCAACAUCGCUGGAGAAGACUUCCUAAAAUGGGAAAAUGAAGCGAGAAUGAUUGAGAAGAUAUCAAAAGAUGUUUUAGAUAAAUUGAAUGCUACACCGUCUAGGGAUUUUUGUGGCAUGGUAGGAAUUGAGAUUCAUUUGAUGAAAGUACUGUCUUUGCUAGAUUUAGAUGAUGAUGGAGUGAAGAUGGUUGCAAUCUCUGGUCCUGCUGGGAUUGGUAAAACGACCAUUGCCAGAGCUUUACAUAGCAUAUUCUCGAGCCGUUUUCAACUAAGUUGUUUUGUGAACAACCUUAGAGGAAGUCACCAUAGUGGAUUUGAUGAGCACGGUUUGAAGUUGCAUUUACAAAACCAACUUCUUUCACAGAUGUUGAACCAAAAUGAUAUGAGGAUAAGCCAUCUGGGUGCUUUAAAAGAAAGGCUCUGCGACCACAGAGUGCUCAUCAUUCUUGAUGAUGUGAACAGUAUAAAGCAAUUAGAGGCGUUGGCUAAUGAAACUACAUGGUUUGGCCCUGGAAGUAGGAUUGUAGUUACCACAGAAAAUAAUGAGCUUAUGCAGCAACAUGGUAUCAACUAUACGUACCAUGUGGGGUUUCCAUCUGAUGAACAAGCUCUCAAAAUCUUGUGUAGAUAUGCUUUUAGGCAAAGCUAUCCACAUAUUUGUUUCAAAGAGCUUGCGUUGAGAGUAACAAAGCUUUGUGGUAAUCUUCCAUUGGGUCUCCGUGUAGUGGGUUCAUCUUUACGUGGGAAGAAUGAGGAGGAGUGGGAAGAGGUAAUACUCAAGCUAGAUACUAUUCUUGAUCAUCAAGACAUCGAGGAAGUACUAAAAGUCGGUUAUGAGAGUUUACAUGAGAAUGAACUAUCUCUAUUUCUCCAUAUUGCUGUCUUCUUCAACUAUAAUGAUGUUGAUCUUGUGAAAUCCAUGUUCGCUGACAAUAAUUUGGAUAUCAAACACGGGUUGAAAAUCCUGGUCAGCAGAUCUCUCAUACAUGUAUCUACUGAUGGAGAAAUAGUGAUGCACAAGUUACUACAACAAGUGGGUAGAAAAGCUGUUCGUAGAGAAGAACCAUGGAAAUGCAGGAUCUUAAUAGAGACUCCAGAUAUCUGUGAUGUUCUCGAACGUGCCAAAGGUUCUAGAGCUGUAUCUGGCAUAUUAUUUGACAUAUCUGAUAUCGAUGAGGUAUCUAUCAGCAGUAGAGCUUUUAAAAGAAUGCCUAAUCUUCGAUUCCUCAAGAUUUACAAAAGUAAAGAAGAUGGAAAUGAUAUAGAGAAUAUACCUGAGGACAUAGAGUUUCCACCUCGUUUAAGGUUACUACAUUGGGAGGCAUACCCAAACAAAUGUCUCCCUCCUACAUUUCAUCCUGAAUAUCUUGUUCAACUUAAUUUAAGAGAUAACGAGCUAGAGAAGCUCUGGGAAGGAACCCAGAGACUUCAAAAUCUGCAGAAGUUGGAUUUGUUUGGAUCCUUGAAUUUGAAGGAACUCCCGGAUCUUUCAAAUGCAUCAAAUCUUGACAGUUUGGAUCUGAGUGGUUGCGAGAGUUUGGUAGAGAUCCCUUCCUCUUUUAGAAAUCUUCAUAAACUAAAGCAGUUGACGAUGUUGUUGUGCAUAAAGUUACAAGUUGUUCCAGAUCACUUCAACUUGGCAUCUCUUACAUCAGUAGUCAUGGUGGGAUGCUGGAAACUGAGAAAACUCCCUGGUAUUUCCGGGAAUAUCACGUCACUCUCAAUCGCAGACACAAUGCUAGAAGAAUUGCCUGAAUCAGUAAGGCUUUGGUCUCGCCUUGAGACGCUCUCAAUAUAUGGCAGUCUCAACAUAUCACCAAUUUGGUUAGACCGGUGGCAAGAGCGAAAAGGCGCAGAUAUUGUAACAAUUCCAGACUGGAUCAAAGAUCUUCAUGGGUUAACAUGGCUUCAUAUAGUUGGUUGUCCAAAACUUGCGUUACUGCCAGAGCUUCCUAGCUCGCUCAGAAAACUAACAGUGGAAACUUGUCUAUCACUAGUAUAUUUCCCUUUUGACUCUCAAGUUACCGAUUUCUUCUUCCCCCACUGCUUCAAAUUGUGUCCAGAAGCACGAAGUGUAAUUAUCCAGAAACAAGGUCGCAUGAGUGCAUACCUGCCUGGAGGAGAAAUACCUUGGGAAUUCGAAUACCAAGCUACAGGAAACGCCUUGACCAUCCCUUUCGAUAUCUACCGGUUUAGGAUUUGCGUUGUGAUAUCUCCUAAACGGGAGCAUAUAGAAGAUGUUAACCUAGUGUGUCGAACACGCAUAAACGGUUACCCUGUUGACUCAAUAAUAUAUCGGCGUCUCCCCAAUAUACGAACGCCACAUUUAUUUAUUUCUCAAUCUGAAUGGUUUGACGGUGGCGAAGACGCCUGGCUUGACUUUGACUCCCAUAUAUCGUUCCAUUUCAGCACCACAUCCCAGGAUGUUGACAUUACUGAAUGUGGUGUCCAGGUCUUGAGAGAAGAAACUGACGGAAGCAUUGGAAGCCAGGAAAGCUAUGACGAUGAAUGUCUUUCUGAUGUGAGCAAUGAACCUUCCUCACAACAAGUGUAUGAUAAUCUCUCGGGUGGGAGCUCUGACUCUUGUUCAGAACAAGUUUCCGAAGACGAGGAUAAAAGAUGUCCCAUUUCGAGAAGAAGAUUGCGUAACCAGCAGGCUUCAGCAACAACAUUCGUUACCCCCUUGUACUCCAAUUGUGCACUUGAUCUUGAGACCGUCGGCUGGCGUUUUGCAGACCAAGAGACCAGAUUGUCGCCUAUGUAA